CCUAAAUCUCAAUAUUCCAUCUCAAACUGCACCAGUGUCCCCCAGAUCAGAAACCUUGUCCAAACUCAAAAAUUAUCGGACAACGCAAUGGUUUCCUUUAAACAAGCAGCGUUCUUUGCUGCUAGCUUUGGCUCUCUAGCAGCGCCUGCUCAUGCAACUUUCAUCUUUCAAUAUUGUGUAGAUCAGAACUUCCAGAACUGCCACGACAUCUGUGGAAGUCCUGGCCAGUGCAUUCCCGUUCCUACUGGUCUUAGCUCCGCGAGGGCCGCUCCUGGCUACAACUGCUACAUCUUCAAUGAGAAUACUGGUUGUGUUGGAAACCGUGGUGGGCCAGUCACCAAUGAUGACCGCCAUUACAACUUGGGGAUCUAUGGUUGGAACGAGAUUACCAUGAGCAUUAAGUGUGAGCUGGCUUAAUAGCGAAGUCUCAAUAAACUAUUGUGGUAUCUAGGAAGGUCCAGUCAUAUGAGAUUGCUUGACAUUACCA